AUGGAAGCACGUCAUUCCCCUCCGCCAUGGCACAUUCGUAUCGGCGUCACGCUUUGCCUCCUCAUCCUCUCCCUCACCCUCCUCACCCUUCGAGCCUUGACCUCUUACCUUCGUCGCGUCCGCAAGACCAACUCAACAAGACGCCAGCGUCUCCUCAAGCAGCUUAACCUCCCCGCAGAGAACGCGGCAGCUCGACAAACCGUCAUUGGCUUUUUCCAUCCAUACUGCAAUGCCGGCGGAGGAGGCGAGCGCGUCCUCUACGAAGCAAUACGGUACCACCUCGCCGCGGACAAGCACACAGUCUGCGUCGUCUACACAGGAGACGCAACGGCAGGCGGCUCGGCCACCAAAUCGGAGAUCCUCAUCAAAGCGCGAGAUCGUUUCAGCAUCGACCUCACCUCCCCCCAUUCAUCAUCACGCCUCGCCUUCCUCCCUCUCCGAUCACGACUGCUUGUGUCAGAUUCGUACUGGUCUCGCCUUACUAUCCUCGGCCAAUCCUUUGGUGGGGCCAUCUUGGCGAAAGAAGCAUGCGAGGAGCUCCUCCCAGACGUUUUCAUCGAUACGAUGGGCUACGCCUUCGCUUACCCCGUCGUGCGGCUCUUUCGGCCUUCGACGCCUGUUGGGGCGUACGUACACUACCCCACAGUUAGCGCAGAUAUGCUGGCGAGAGUCAAAGGGAGAGCGACAGGGCAUACGAAUGACGCAAAGGUUGCAAAGAGUAUGCUGCGCAGCCAAAUCAAGUUGGUCUACUAUCGCCUCUUCGCAAAGGUCUACGCAUGGGCGCUUCGGAGGGCAGAUGUUCUCGUCGCAAACGGGACUUGGACGAUGCGUCACCUCAAUACCCUCCUCGGUGGGCACGGUAGAAGUGCGACGACCGUCUACCCACCAUGCGACACGCGAAGCUUGGAGGGCUUCCCCCUAUCCGGCCGCAAGCCCACCCUCGUCAGUCUAGCACAAUUUCGCCCAGAGAAAGAACAGGCAACUCAGCUGCGCCUCUUACGGGCUCUCUUUGAUCUUCGCCCCUCACUGCGCGACGAUGGAGUUCGGCUUAUCGUGAUGGGGAGCAGUCGCAAUCCCUCGGACGAAGCUCGCGUCGCCUCCCUGCGUCGGCUGGCCAGUGAGCUUGACAUAGCUUCGCAAGUCGAAUUCGUAGUAAACGCUCCUUGGCCUACGGUCGUCUCACACCUCUCUACCGCAAGCGUAGGGCUGAGCACGAUGGUAGAUGAGCACUUCGGUAUGAAUGUCGUGGAGUUCAUGGCUGCAGGACUCAUCACCCUCUCCCAUGCCAGCGCCGGCCCUCUACUCGACAUCGUCGUACCCGACGAGAAAGGGAGGGCGACGGGCUUUCACGCCACGGACGUGGACGACUUUGCGAAGAAAGCUCAGCAUGUCCUGUGCAGAAUGUCUGAGGGAGAGAGGGACGAGAUGAGGGGGAGGGCAAGACGGCGGGCUCAACAGGUUUUCAAUGCGACGGCGUUCGAGGAGGCGUGGAGGGGACGGCUGUGGGAGCCAUUGGAGGGGAAGCUCAAGGCGCUGAGGGAUCGUGACGUCAAGAAGAAGCAAUAG